ACUGCUCAACGUGACGGCUUCAAGGUGAAAAAAAUCGUGAAAAUUUUGCAAAAAACUCUCGGAAAAUCUCUGGGACAAAUCCGUGAAUCGUCCCAGAAAAAUGUCCGACGAAGUGGCAAAGGCUCAGGCCGCUGAUCCCGCGGCCGAGGAUACGAUUUUUGGCAAGAUUCUCCGCAAAGAGAUCCCUUGCACGUUUAUCCACGAAGACGACAAGUGCGUUGCGUUCAAUGAUAUCAGCCCACAAGCACCGGUGCACUUUCUCGUGAUUCCCCGGAAGCCGAUCGCGCAGCUAUCGAAGGCUUCGGAAGAAGAUGGAGCCCUUCUUGGCCACUUGAUGCUGGUCGGCAAGAAGCUCGCGGCAGAGCAGGGGCUUGGCGAUGGAUUCCGUGUUGUCAUCAACGAUGGAGCAAACGGUGCCCAGUCGGUGUACCAUCUGCAUUUGCACUUCCUCGGCGGAAGACAGAUGAAAUGGCCACCUGGCUAAGGCCUUCGAUUUUCGUGCCGCAGCCCGCCUUAUCGGAUCCGAAAUAAAAUGGAACGCAUACCAUUGA